AUUUUCGUUGUACACUCAACAAUACAUCACUUUCCUACUUAUAUAAUCCUCCAACUACCUCUCUCAUUUUCUUCCACUCCAUCUUGAUCAUCCAAAAACAAUGGCCAUUCCAUCACUACUACUCUCCCCUCUCCUCCUCCUCCUUGUCCUCCUUCGACCACCGUUCACCACCGCCAACUCCGCCGUCUACUUCUCCAAAACCACCAUUUUUUCGGAUUACGAAAAAAUGAUCACUAACCUUAAAAUCUUCAUUUAUCCACUACCUAACCAAUUGCACCAACAAUACAACUCCACUCCUUUCACUCUCCUCCAUAACUCUCUUCUCACCUCUAACUUCCUCACUCACAACCCAAACCAAGCCACUCUCUUCUUCCUUCCUUUCCCACCAAUGUCCACGCGCUCCCUUGACCGUCACGUCAAACUCGUCCGAACUACCUAUCCGUACUGGAAUCGUUCCCUUGGGGCUGACCAUUUCUACUUCUCUAGCCAAGGUGUCGGUCCAACUUCUAGUCGUAACGUUGCCGAGUUGAAGAAAAAUGCUGUUCAGAUCGCAUGUUUUCCCGUACCCGCGCGUGAGUUUAUCCCACACAAGGACAUCACCCUCCCUCCCUCCUCAGUCCUGUCACGCGCUCAUCCACAAAGUGAGGGUUUAUCCACGCGCUUCCUCGGGUAUUGGAGGUUUGCCGAAGUAGGAUCAGGUGUAGAGUUGAUCAAUGGGCUAAGGAAUGAUGGUGAGUUUUUAAUCGAAUCUGAGCCGUACGAUGAGGGAGUGUUUUUAGAAAGAGUACAAAGUAGCAAGUUUUGUUUGUUUGUUUAUGAUGUUGAAGGGGUGGGGGGAUUGAGUGUGGCAUUGUCACACGGUUGUGUUCCCGUAGUGAUUACAGACCGUCCGAUACAAGAUCUACCGUUAAUGGACGUGAUCAAAUGGUCUGAAAUCGCCGUGUUUGUAGGGUCAAAUAUGGGGCCAAAUAAGUUAAAGCGGGCGUUGAUCCGCACGUGCGAGGAUGGCGGGUAUGAUAGGAUGAAAAGAUUGGGUGUAGCGGCGGCACACCAUUUUGCAUGGAAUGAGUCAUCGCCACAGCCGUACGAUGCGUUUAAUAUGGUGAUGUAUCAAUUGUGGGCUAGAAGACAUGCCAUUAGAUAUUCAAAGUGGGAGAUAUAAUGUGAGUUAACAGCAGCCGCAUGAUGUAAUCAUGAUGAUUAUUAGUAAAAUUUACCAAAUAAUCUUUUUUUAAAUGAAUUUUUAAUUGAUUAAUUUGGUGGAAUAAUCUUUGAUUUGUCGUGGUUGGAAUAUUCAGUAGAAAAAUAAUGGAGGGAAGAAUCUGGUAUGUGGUGAUGUAUUGGUGCAAUUGGUAAUUGUAGUUGCAUUUGUUUAA